GACCCCUUUAAGUUUUCGAUUAGCGGGAACUGAACAAUCCUUGGGAAAUUCGAAAAUGGCGUCCAGAGAUGAGGUUCGUCUUCUCUCUCUCGUUGAAUCCUCCGGCGACACCGACGCCGGAAAAGUCUUCUCCUUGUUCUCCGAGCACCUCCAAUCGUUCUCAGAUCUCUCAACCCCUCGUAAGCAAGACAGAACCCUAGCCGUACGAUCCCUUGCCAAGCAAUUUCUUCCUUUUCUCAACAAAUCCUUAUCUCUCUUACCCAAGCGCCUCUCCGUCGCGAAUCCCGACCGGGAAUCUCGUGAAUCCGCUGACGAUUUGUUCCGAACUUACGAGCUCUGUUUGGAUUGCUUGGAAUUGGUCUCCACCCAGUUGGCUUGCAAGCCUCACACCGUGCAACUGCAGAGGCUCAGGAUGAUUUACUGUUUAGAAACUUGGGGUUUGUACGAAAUUGCGUAUGCCCAUGGGUUUAGGGUUUUAGCGAAUCUUGGGGGAUCAAAUUCCAGCUCCAGGAAGCGCCGGUGCUUGCCGGAGGCGAAGGCUGAGCACGGAGGGACGGAGCUUGCGAUGGUCGUGGUGGAGGUUGUUGCGGCGAUCUUCAAGUGUGUAGCGAUGGGUCAGGAAGUGGACAGUGACCGGUACAGGACAGUCCUGCUGCUGCUCGAGGAGGUCAAACCCUGGUUCAGGAUUUUAGAUGCCAACGCGUAUGAGAAGUUGCACAGAGUGCUCGCCACAAAUCUGGGUAGAUGCACCAUUUCAUUAUUUAGAGAAGUAGAGCGUUUUGAUGAAAAUUUAGUGCAUUCUUUCUGUGGCUUAUCCAUAAAGGAGUAUUUUAAAUCGCCUUUGUUAAAGGAUCGAGCUUACAAGUUUUCCCGCGAAGUUCUGUCUUUUCUGUUCGCAGUGAAGGAGAGGAAAAUGUCACUUACAGUUGACAUUUCAGUGUCUUUGUUGCGAUCUGUAGCUUGUGAAUUUCAGGUUGAAACUGAUGAAAGUUGGGUUGAGCUUGUUGAUCUAAUCUCAUAUUGUGCUCAUAAGUUCCAAGGAGCAGAAUACUUGUGGCGUGCCAGAGUUUCAAAACACUUGAACGAGAUAGCGUCUGUUUUCUCUGAGGCUAUACCACACCUUAAUAUGAUUGUAAGACUUUAUUCAGCCGGGCUGUCCAUUGGUAUUUCUGAUUUCAAGCUCAGAGAAGGUGAUGUUAAAGAAACAACAGAUGAUUGGCAGAUUCGAGCUCUGCUUGAUGAUGAGGAUAGGUGGCAGAACUUAGUUUCUCUACUGGGCUUGAUAGAGAGUUGCAAUAGUAAAACAAAUGUUACCUGCACAAACAAUAGCAAGAAGACUUACGAGCUACCUUACGUAGACGCCUUGAAGUUCUUGUGCCUACCACUUGCAGAUUUGAUAAAUUCAAUGAAAAGGAAGAUAGUAUUGGAAACAGAAUUCGCCUGUCCGUCUGCCCAUCUAUCUGUUUUACAGGAAGUUUUUCUUCAUUGUUGCGAUGGUUGUCUUUUCCUUCAGAGGAGUAUGUCUGACAAGGGAGGCAGAGAUAAUGAACAUAACAAGACUAUGCUAAAUGUGGCUAUGGCUGCAUUCAUCCUGUCACUGAGAACUCAGCUUAAAGUGAAGAUCAGUGCCUGUCUAGUUGAGGAUGUAAUAUCCAGUCCAUGGAUUCGACCUCAGGAACUCAAGUAUCUUUUUGUUUCACUUUACAAUAUUGGUGUAGUGUUAUACAGAAAUAAGCAACUAAAAAAGGCUUGCAAGGUGCUCAAAUUGUGUUUUAGAGCAUCUUGGACUUGUGUCCAAAAAUUUUGUCAGAUGUUUGUAAAUCAAUCUAAUUCAUCUGAGGAUUGCCAGACAGAAGAAGCCAUUAUUGAUUUUGUCGGUGAAGCAUGUAACAGAUAUGCACUCUAUCUCGAUAUCCUCCAGCAAUGCAGCAGACAUAAAUUAAAAAAGAAAAUUGUGUUACUUCUAGAAAAUUGGUCUGCAGCUGGAGACCUGAUCACAGAGUUGCCAGGCCCUAUGGCAGUAGUGAGGCAUUGGGUCAAGAUGGAAUGUAGACGUCAUGAAAAUCUGGAUCCGGCUAAGUCUUGCACAACUCUGUACUCUUUGCUGUCAUCUUCACAGAAAUUUUCAAGGAGGACUAUGGGAAAAAUCCUAGAGCAGGAGCUUUUUGUUUACGAGGAGCUGUUCCCUUCAUCCUCAAAUCGUGGUCUGCAGAUGCAAAUGGAAACAGCAGAUAUUCUUUUGAAAGAUGUUUAUGUCACUGUAGAUAUGCACAUAGAAAGAGCACGGAUUUUAAUAUGGAAAGCAAGAAUGAAUAGAACCUCUGGAACUGAACGCUUAAGGGACUGCAUUCAAUGUUUGUCCGAGGCAAUAUCUAUAUUGGGUGAUGUAUAUUCCGAGCCAACUAACCGUGGUUCUACAUCUUGCCACCAAUUACCUGUUGCAUAUUGUUUAAGAGCAUUAUGUAUCCAGGAAACUGAACCAAACUCAAAGCAAGUCUUCCAAGAUAUUAGCGCUUCACUGAGUCUCUGGCUAAGUAUUCCCAACCCCGUUGAUAGAGACAACAGCAUGCUACCGGAAAACAUGAUUCCCCUACUGUAUAAUAUAAUCGAUUUGAUGUCAAUGAAGGGUUGCAGUGAGCUCCAUCAUCAACUAUAUCAGCUGAUCUUUAAAUUAUUUAAAUGGAAGAAUGUCAAAAUGGAGGUCUGUCUAGCAAUGCUAUGGGAGUUUAGAAGGCUCAACCAUGCAUUAUGUCCUUCUACGAUAAGUGAUGCCUUCAUCCUGAGCAUAUCAGAGUACUGUGGGGAAAAUUCUUUGUCUGUUGAGUUCUGGAUGGAUUGCCUGAAAGAAUCCAAAGCAAAAUCAAUCGGGUUCUUGCAGAACUUCCACUUUUUACAUUAUGAUUUCUUCAAUAUCUCCAACAAGUAUGCACGAAGAACCUUUCAACCGGACAUUACAAUAGAUGAUAUAAAAAACACCGCUUCGGAGCUCCUUUCAAGUGUUCCACCUCCUAGUCAUCCGGCUUUUGCAGCUGCAUAUCUAUAUUAUUAUCUCUGUGAAAGGCUCAUUAUGCACGGAAAGUUUUCUGAGGCUCUUUCAUAUGCAAAAGAAGCCCAUAGGAUACGGACUCUUAGUUUUCAAGAGACGUUUAAGUAUACAGCUGAGAAGCAGUCUGAAAAGCAUAACAACGCGGGAAGAACAACCGAGAUAAGGGUUUACGGGAUAAAAAGUUUAGAGGUGGUGAAAUCGAUAGCAACUGAUUUCUGGCCAUGUGGAAAUUUUCUUUGGGAUAUCAAUAGAAGCUACUUAAGUCCGUGGAAUGUGCUCCAGUGUUAUCUGGAAAGCACUCUUCAGGUUGGAGUUGUUAAUGAGCUAAUUGGGAACGGAGCAGAAGCAGAAACACUUCUAUCGUGGGGCAAAGCCAUUUCAUGCUCACAGAGUUUAUCGCCAUUUGUAGUGGCAUUUUCUUCUGCCUUAGGAAAUCUCUACCACAAAAAGCUAAGUUUGGAUUUAGCUGCAAAGGAACUCCAAAGUGCAAAAGAGUUGCUACUCAAUAAUCAGAGAGAUUUUUCUUGCCUCAAGUGCAGAUUGAUGUUAGAAGCUAAAUUGGAUCAGCAACUUGGAGACUUAACUCAAAGACAGUUUGACAGUGCAGCUAGUCUCUCUCAGAUAGACAGAUUAUCCCAUGCUGAAAGUCUGUUUAGCUCGGCCUUAAGCAAAAUCAGUUGCUCAGCAUGGAAAAGUAGCAGUAGUCGUCAUGCAGAAGCAAAUUUUGAUGAAGGAGAGAAUGGGAAUAACGUCGAGAAAAAUGUAGGAUAUCAGUCAAACAAAAUGGGACCCAGUAUAAAGAAGGCGCUAACAGCUAACAGAGACACCAGGAGGGGUCGAAGAGCUAAAAAUUCUGAAACUUGCUUGUCAAAGGACAAUAAUUUGAUAUCUAAGCCUAGUUCAAGGAUCACCCGUUCAAUGCGCCAGUCUCUGAAAGAACAAUGUCAAAGCUGUUCUGCUAGUAUGGAUGCAGAUGUUUCAAAAAAAUCUAGUUUUAGUGUUGAAUCUGUUUUGCCAAAUGGUGUUGAUGAAAGGGAGUCGAUCUUGGAUGCAAAAAGUACAACCCUUGGCAUUUGCAUUUGCAAUAAUGGAAAAUGUCUGCUGUGUUGCUCUGAAGAAGUAAUGGAGUUUGGCUCGCUGAAUUGGUUAACACGUUUGGAAUGGGAAUUCUGUUAUAGGAGGAUUGUGUCUACCACAUUAGUUAGCCUUGGAAAAUGCUUGGCAGACUCUGGAAAAGUUCAUCAAGCACAUGAAGCACUACUGCAGAGCAUCUUCGUUCUGUUUAACAGCAACCACUCUACCCUCAGUCCGCCUUCUAUAGGUCAAUUGCUAGAUUUUAUAGGGAAGGAACUUACAUUAGAUGUAUUUGCUGUUGAGCGUGCAUCAAUACUAUACAACACGUGCUGGUUGAGUCUACAGAAUUAUCACUUACGGGCGAGCGGGUCUACCUGCUGUGAACUUUCUCAUAUUCCAUUUCCAAACUUGGUGGUGUUGCUAAAGUUGGCUUUUGUACUCAGCAGAGAGGUUCCAAUACUUUUUCAAAAGGUUUCAAGUUUGCUUGCUGCUUUAUAUCUGCUAGCUGCUUCAAGUGCCGAGUUCUCACUCCAAUGUACGGAUGAGCUAUCUGCAAGUCAUUGGGUUUCAUAUUUUCAUCAAGCCUCACUUGGUACACAUAUCAGUUUCCAGUUCUUUUCAAAUGUGAGCAGAGGACACAUGCAGAGAUGCCAAUCAGAUAAAGAGUUCAUACAGGCUACUGGCUCAUGUUCUGUGGCUGCUGCUGAACUGGACUUACCCAGGCUUGCUCCUGAUCGUUCUCAAGAUCUUCUGCAGUUUGUAAAGAACUUCUUCAAUAAUCUUUCAAGCCCCGCAAUCAUCUGCAUUAGUUUGCUUGGAGGUGCUUUAAGUGGAUUGUUACGGGAGCUUAUGCAAAUUUCUUCACCUGUUUGUGCAUGGCUGCUCUUGUCGCGAUUAAAUUCAAAGAGUCAACCAGUAGCUGUACUUCUGCCAGUGGUUUCAGUUCUAGAAGACAUCUCAGAUGACAACACAAAUCCUCGCUCUAAUGAAGAAAUUGGAUUGAAGGAUUUGAAAAAGCAAUGGCUCUGCCCAUGGGGUUCCACUGUGGUUGAUGACGUAGCGCCAGCAUUCAAAUCAAUAUUGGAGGAGAAUUACUUUUCUUCUUCUCAGUUUCCGGCAGAAGACACAAAAGAGAAUAGAUGUUUAUGGUGGAAAAAGAGAAAGAAACUAGAUAAUCGUCUUGGUAAAUUCCUUAGGAAUCUAGAAGAUUCUUGGCUCGGUCCUUGGAGGCACAUGCUUCUGGGAGAAUUGUCUAACUGCAAAUUGCCAGACAUUAUGCAGAAAAAACUGCUGAAUGAUCUCAGGUCCAAAUGCAAAAUGGAAGUAAAUGAGAUGCUUCUUAAGGUUAUUCUUGGAGGUGGGACAGAAGACUUUAAAGGAGAAGCAUGCAUUGCUCAGCUUUGCUUAAAAAAUGGUUGCUAUGUAGGUCGAGGGGACUAUUUUGAUGAAGAAGAUAGCUGUACAACCCCUACAUCUGCAUCUAAUGUUUCUGAAAGCAGGCAUGGAUUGGCCUUACAACUGAUACAUGAAGCAGCAACCAAACUUGAGCUGCAUGAUGAGGGUCAAGAACAAAGAGAACCGAUUAUUCUUGUAUUGGAUCCUGAGGUUCAGAUGCUUCCUUGGGAGAACAUUCCAGUAUUAAGAAGACAGGAGGUAUACCGAAUGCCUUGUGUGGGCAGCAUAUCUGCAGUGCAAAAGAAACGCUGUCUCCAAGGAGAGUCGAUGACAUGUCAUCUUGCUCCCAUCCCUCUCAUUGAUCCGCUCGAUGCAUUUUAUUUGUUAAAUCCUGGUGGUGACCUCAGCGAUACACAAGUCGAGUUUGAGAGCUGGUUCAAAGAUCAAAACUUGGAGGGCAAAGCUGGAUCCGUACCAACUGCUCAAGAGCUGACUGAAGCUCUGAAAAACCAUGACCUCUUUUUAUACUUUGGUCAUGGAAGCGGAGCACAGUAUAUUUCGAGGCAUGAGAUUGAGAAUCUGGAAAACUGUGCAGCAACUUUCCUGAUGGGAUGCAGCAGCGGUUCAUUGUGGCUGAAAGGCUGCUACAUUCCACAAGGUAUUCCACUGUCGUAUCUACUAGCCAGUUCCCCGGCCAUCGUGGCCAACCUAUGGGACGUAACGGACAGAGACAUAGACCGGUUUGGGAAGGCCAUGUUGGAAGGAUGGUUGAAAGAGAGGUCGAGUUGUUCAGAGAAUUGCAGCAGCCACUGCUGCAACUCACUAGCCGAUGAACUAGCAGCCAUGGAUAUAAAAGGCAACACCAAGAAACCAUUGAUGAGGAAGAAGAAGCCAUCUUCACGGAAGAAGGCAACAAGUUUCGACGGAUCUCGGAAUUCCAUAUGCGAUCACAAGGGACGUACAAUAGGUUCGUUCAUGGCCGGAGCUAGAGAGGCAUGCAUGCUGCCAUUUCUAAUAGGAGCUGCUCCUGUUUGUUAUGGUGUUCCUACUGGGAUCNGCAGGAAGAAGGAUCUGAAGACUGAGUCUCGUCACUCAGGCAAGUGAUCUCAUCUCUUUCCUGUCUUGGUCCUUCGGGAAGGAGUUCCUCUCUUGUUUGGUUGCUUUCCACUUUUGAUGGUGUUUUGUUCAUCAACAUAAUUAAUAGGAAUUGUAGUUAAGAGAUCCUAAAAGAAUGAUACAUGAGAAGAAACAGAGUCACGUUUGUAA